CUAGCCCACCGGGGCUGCACCCUCCACCACUACCCCGAGAAUGUUCUCAUGCCCGGCGAGAAACGCCCAACACUUGUCAAGAGCAAGGGUAUCCACGACCUCACAAUCCAUGAGCGGGACCUACUCACUGACGCACUCAGAAACAAUUCCAUCACCGUUCAACACAUCAACAAUAACACCCGCCGGCAAAUCAUGAUCUCCCGUGAACCGAUCAUCUUCGGAGAGGCGCCUGAAUAUGAUUCGCAAGACCUGCGUGGCCGGCGUGCGUUCCUCAAUGGUCGGAUCGAUAGGAAGGGG